AUGACACACACACGAGGCGGCCGAUGGGCCGCCUCGGCUGCCUCGACGGCGUCCUUGCUGAUCAUCGCCCUGUGCGCCUGGGGCGCGGGGCGGUGCGGCGCGCAGGAGCCGAUCGUCUUCAGGGCGGGGGCGGUGCUCACAGAGAGGGGCCACGGUCCCACCGACGAGAUGCAGGAGGCGCGCGAGGGCUACGAGCUCUUCGCGAUGCGCGUGGGCGCGCUGCACGACGGCAGGGGCUUCCGGGUGGUGGGCCGCGACGGCGGGCGGAUAUUCUUCAAGUUCAGGUUCGAGUCCAGGGACGACGGCGGUGCGGAGAAGCGCCACAGGCGGGAGCUCAGGGAGCUGCUCCACAGGCCGCGGGACCCCGUGCACUUUGUGUUCGGCUCCCACCCCGAGUUUGCUGAGAGCGAAACAAGGAUUUGCGAAAAGGCAAAACGCCUGAACUACCACUGUUGCGUGGGACCUGAGGAGAUAUACAGGCAGGGCCACAAGUACGUUUUUGGCGUCACUGCCAGCAACACCAAGUACCCUGAGCUGGCAUUGCGGAGCAUGGCCUUGAAGGGGCUGAAGAGUCUGGCAGUCAUACACCGCUCAGACAACGUUUUCACAAGGACUACCUGUGAGUACGCCAUCACCUUGGCGAAUGAGCGGUUCAUGAAGCAAGUAGGCAGGGUCAGCCUCAAGAUCACAGACACCUACAACAUAACAGAGAUUCGCGAGUCACUGGAACGUCAAAAUCCAGGAGUUCCAGCCAGGGCGCUUGAAGAGGCGGAGCUGAGGACACGUUUCCAGAAUUUUGCGAUGGAGGCGAAAAGACACGAUGUGGAAGGCGUUGUGGCUUGUGGUUUCACAUCCGAUGGCAGAAUGCUGGUCGAAGCAUUCAAUGAGGAAAAGUACCCCCUCAAGAGCUUCUUCCUGACAGUUGGCCCCACGAAGAAGGAUUGGAUCUUGCAAACCAACAACUCCGCAUACAUGCUCAGUGCAGUACAGUGGCAUCGGGCACAGAAAUACACAGGAGACGACCGGACUGUUCCUUUGAGAGACGACCUGUUUGGAACGCCAAAGCAUUAUGUGGACUAUCACAAUGUGAUAUAUGCAAAGCCACCAACAUAUCUGUCAGCUGGUGCAAGUGCUGUUGGUUUGACCCUGAUGCUGGCCAUCAACGAGACAUUCAGCAAGUGCAACCUGGCCGAGUUUGCUGGCAGUGCCGACGAUCUGUUGUUCGGUCCCCCCCUCAAGUGUCGUGAUGGUAGGGUGCUGGAUGGGUAUGAGCGCAUAAGGCUGCAGCUGAAAGAGCUGGACCAGCUCACCUUUUUUGGCCAUGUGAGGUUCAACAAGGACCAGCGCAACAUUGGCAUGGAUCCUGUGACUACACAGGUUUUGGGAGACACAGACGAGUGUGAAGAAAUCUCCCCAGGUGAACUGGGCGUUGAGGCAGUGCUUCCAUUGGACCUGGCAAAUAGGGAACUUAGGAUGCCAGCAUGCAAUCCAUUCAGGACAACCUGCAGGCCGGGGCAGAUGGUGCCCAGUGACAUCUUUGCCAGCUGCAGGGACUGCUACAUUGGGACGUUCUCAGUUGGGAAUGAUUCCGACCACUGCGACUCGUGCCCUCCAGGGAUGUACAACAACAGAACGGGCCAGUCCAAGUGCAAAGUGUGCCCCGAGAACACACACACGUUGGAAAGCAACCGGACCAGCAUUGAGGACUGUGUGUGCAAGCUCAACUUCUUUGAACCCCGGAAUCGGACUGGGCAUCCUUGCUUGCCAUGUCCAGAUGGUGCAAGGUGUGAUGGAAAUGGGGCCUGGGUAGAGCCACUGAAAGGCUACUGGGUUGCUGAAGAUGUAGAGGAGAGGUCCACAGUGUACGAGUGCUCACUGAGGUCUGCAUGCCCAGGAGAAGGCCCGGGCCAAUGCAGAGAGGGCCAUGCCGGCAGGAUGUGUGACGCAUGUCAGAAGGGCUACUUUUACGUCUUUGACAGAUGUUUCAGGUGCAUCUCCAAGCGUGUCCUGACGGUGCUAUUUGUGUUUCUCAUUGUUGGCUGGUACAUGCUGAAUGUGGUCAUCUCAAAAAGUCUUCCCUCAGUGGACAUCCUGCUGAGCUGGGCGCAGCUUGCCAAUGUCAUUGGAGACUUGGACCUCAGCUGGCCCCUUACCCUGGAGAUAGUCUUUGGCGUUGCAAACUUGAUGGACUUCGAUGUGGACAUCAUGGAGCCCACAUGUUUCUACAGCGACUGGAGCUAUGAAGACAACUUCUUUGUGCAGCUCUGCCUGCCCUUCAUCAUGGGCUUCUUUGCCCUGAUCGGCUACCUUGUGGCCAGCCUCCUCAAGUUCCUGGCAAAGAACCCGGACACCAAACGCUACCAGUUUCUGCGCAUGUUUCAGUUUCUCCAGAGGGUGCCUCGGAGUCAGGCUGAGCUGGACGCAAAAUGGGACAUGACUGUGGCAGCCUUCCUUUCUUCCAUUGAGGUCACAUACAUCACAAUCGCCAAGUACUGCUUCGAUGCAUUCAAGUGCAGGGAUGUGCAUGGCGUCAUGGUCCUGUGCGCUAGUCCAGAGAUCGAAUGCGGCUCGAGUAAGCACAAUGUAGUGCGUGGCCUUGCUGCUGCAGGCAUCCUGUUUUACGUCAUUGGUUUCCCACUGUGGGUCUCCUGGAGGCUGUCAUCACUGCGCAGCAGGCAGGCCUUUGCAGAUCCAGUGGCCCUCCGCCGAUAUGGCUUCCUGUACCGCAGGUACGAGCUGGAAUAUUUCUGGACUGGCCUAGUGGUCCUGGUUCGCCGAGUGCUGUUUGUCCUUGUCCUCGUCUUCGUCCACAAUGCUGCAUUCCAAGUAGCGCUCCUGGCAGCCAUCAUCAUAUGCUCCCUCAUGCUCCACGUCUACAGCGCCCCAUACGUUGACACGUACUUGGAUUGGCUGUUCAGCAUCCUCUUGAUCUCCCUCUUGAUCGAGUGCUUUGGAGGGCUGAUGUUUUAUGCUGACAAUCUCCCCAACGCCAACAAGGGCAUUCUGGAGGUGUUUGUGCUCUCGGGGUUGUUCCUGUUGGUAGCAGUGUUUGUGUACACAUUUGUUCGGGAGAUGAAAAAGAAGGUCGAGAUUCUAGAGAUCAGGCGCAUGCACUGCCGGGCGGUCCUCAACAAAGAUGUCUUUGAGGAGGAUGCCGAUGGCACAGGGCGAUGGGAAAGGAAAACGCGCUCCAGCCAGGUCAGCAGAGAGCUCACUUGCACUUUCAACCCAAACUUUGUGUACAAGGCCCUGAAAGACUCUGACGAGGAAAUGCUGCUGCGCUGGGACAAGCUGAGUGACAUGCUGAAAGAGUACAUGGCUGACCGCUCAGAGACCAGUUACUUGAGUCUGAAACCUGUGGCCAAAUUCUGGCGCAAGCUGGUGGAGAGGUUCCCUGAGCUUAUUGACUUUCUGACUGUGGCGGAUGAGGACACCCGAAAUGACUUCAAAUCUUUUGCAACCAAGUUGUACAACGACUUUUAUCUGAAGAAGAACAUCGAGAGCGCGCCCAUAUUCAGAGUGCUGAACUGGCGAGAUCGGGCGCCCCUUGCACAGUGGCUGGCCAUGGCGGAGGAGAAGGAUCUGGUUUUCUUCAGGGAGUUCAUGGUUGACAUGUACAGAGCAGCGAAGUUCCCCGGUGCUGCAGAAGAUAUGGAGAUGAAGAUUCGGGACAAGGGUGGACACGAAUUGGCGAGUCCAGAUGAGGGCAAAGCACAGCAUUUCCCUGGCAGGUUGGCGAGAUUGUGUGGCUGGAACGAAUUCGUCCGUGUGCUGUCGAACAACACACACAUUUUGGAGGAAAUCAAUGAGAAGCGAGGGCCGCUGAGGCACACUGCAAAGAAACAGAUUAUGACUCAAGCCAUGGUUGUGACAGCAGCAGCGAAAUUCAGGGCAGCCUCGAAACGGGGUGCCAUGGAGAAGAAGAGCGGUGCAGUCUCGCAUAAGGGGGACUCGCUGUUGCAACGGCCCCAAGAAGAGGGAAUUGUCGUCGGUGCACAAUUUGUGGCGGACGGGCAGGUGGCAGACCCGUCCAACAGGAAUGAACCACACGAUCAUGCUUGGAGAAAUCGGGAUGCAGAACACACGUCCGUGCCUGAGAGGGGCAUCGGCAGAGCUAUACCGACCAGUGAGCAGCCACGCACCAACAGAGGGAGUGACUCACAUUCUGAGGUGCCCUCUGGCGUGCAUCCGGAGUGCGAUGGGGAUGGCAACCCAUUUGGUGGCUGCAUCGAGCCGCACAUUUCAUUAAUUAAUAUGGGGCCUGCGGCGCCACAGCGUCCAGCGACAGGGGUGUAUCAUCAAAGCUGGGGUUCGGAGUCAAAGGCCAAUAAUCAGGUGCGCAUGUCAAGUGCACAGAGGGGUUCCCAUCGGUGGCAGAGAAGACACCAGAGCAUGGGGAACCUUGUUCUAACUGUAGUUGUAGAUGAACCAGAAUUGUCGAUGCCAUCGGAUCAGGUGGAUGGAUCGUAG